UUUUUUUUCCUCAGCGACUUAUGAGGCAGCGGCAGAGAAGCUUCCCGUAGCUUUGAAUGAAUCAGAUGUCGAUCGUGAAUUUAGUCAGCAAACAAAAGAAAGUAGAAGCAUGAGGCGUAAAAAAGUACAAGAGAGCGAUUUCACCGAGGACGAGGAGACCACUGACGGCGAGAAGGGCGUACUUACCUACCAGGAUUUUCCAACAGGGCCUUCGUCAAGAAAAAUUAACGAUGAAACUGCGAUCACUAUUUCUGCAGUUAACGACCAAUUGCCGCCAACAGAAGCAAGCGCUGAUAAAGAGGCAGAAGGUGAUCCAAAAGAAAUCAGCAUUAAUGCUGGACUGACAGAAAUAACUGCUACAAUCUGUAAGCCAAUAUCAAACAAUUUCGCAGCAAUACAUAAUGAAAUAUCAGUGGUCGCAGACAAGGAAUUAUUAGCUGUUGAAGAUCAAGACAAUGUCACUGGAAAAAAUAGAGAAAUGCUUGGCAGCCCUUCUCCCACCAACAAAGAGCCAUCAGGGUAUUGUGAUCAAUUGAAUGACUCCAAUUCGCAAGAUUCCAUGGAGAUAGAAUCUGAGGAAGAUCUUGAUAGUAGUGAGAAAGUCAGCAAUAUUUUACAAUCAGCAGAUACAGCAGAUGCUUCUCCAAUUAUCGAUGGACCAUCCGUCUCUCAUACCCAGUGUCUCCAAAACUUAAACCAAGAUAAUUUUUCUGAUGCUGAAAAUGAUGAAACUGCAGUUGAUUGCUACUCUUCAGGUAAAUUGGAAAAGUGAAAAGAUAUCCAAAGUGGCUUUAUAAUCCACGUUUUA